AUGAAGAAGCUAGUUGAUGAGAGUGCUAGGAAUUGGCAUAAGAAGUUAUAUGAGGCUUUAUGGGUGGACAGAACCACACCCAAGAGGGCUAUUGGAAUGGCACCUUUUGAAUUUGUGUAUGGCGUAGGAGCAAAACUUUCUUUGCCGCUGGAGUUAUCAGCAACCGAGCUACAAACAGUAGUGGAAGAUUCUUUUUUUCAAAAUGCUUUGGAGAAAAGAAUCAUUUAUCUGACAAAGUUAGAAGCAGAGAAAGAAUUGCUGGUGGAUAGGAGUUCAAAACAUCAGAGCCAAGUAAAGAGGAUUUUUGAUAUGCAAGCUCGACCAAGAGGUUUCCUAGUAGGAGAUGAGGUGCUACUAUGGGACAAAAGGAGAGAGUCCAAAGAUGCUCAUGACAAGUUUGAUUCAUUGUGA